AUGGAUUUCAAAAUUGAUUGUUUACACAUGCAGUUACAAGAAGAAACACCAUCUCGAAUGAACCAAUCAACAUCAACAUCCGAUCUAGAAAUUACAGCGGUAGUAAUAGGUAGUAGUAGUAGGUUUUCGGAAAACGAUCGUGCGGAAACGGAGUCAAGUUUUUUGAGUAUCUCAACUAAGUCAAAAAGGGGUCGUUUGCUACAACAAUUAAAUAUGCAUGAGGAUUUAAAUAAUGAUGAUGAUUACGAAAACAGUGAAUUAAAAGAACGAUGGCGAACAAUACCAUACAGAGAAUGGUGUGGAUCAUGUGCGCUCAAAGAACUCGAAACGGAUGCUAUAUGGGUUAGACCUAUACCAGAUGGUCUCUUCGAAAAUUUUCCAGAUGAUCCUAAUUCUCCAUAUUGUCUAGCAGAAUUUAAAAAUGUACAAAAAGUUAAACAAGCAAUCAGACAUCAUUUAUAUUUUACAUUAAGAAAAACUCAGAAUAAUACAACAAUAAAUGAUUAUUAUCUUGGACUGGCUUAUACUGUUCGUGAUUAUCUUGUUAAACAAUGGAUUCAAACAACUAAACAAGACAAUUUCAAUACGAAUAAAAAAACUUUAUACUUUUUAUCGAUAGAAUUUUGUAUGGGAAAACAAUUGAAAAUGAUGAUGAUAAAUUUAGGUAUAGAAGAUGAUAUUUAUCAAGCGUCACAUUUAGUAAGUCAUUUUAACAGCCAUGCAGUCGCGGUGAGAAUUCUCCGUAUCAUGUCCUGGCAUUUUUAUGACAAAUUAUUUGAUAUUGAAAAAUAUGCAUAUGGAUUUGAUGAAACUGGAUAUACAGCCGGUUAUAUAAUUCAGUCCUUAGCAAAUAUGAAUAUAUCGACAAUGAGUUAUGGAUUACGAUUCGAUCACGGUUUCUUUGAACAAAAGAUCAAAGAUGGAUGUCAGAAAGAAGCAUUAAAUGAUUGGUUAACUGAUCAAAAGAAUCCAUGGGAAAUUAUUCGAUCAGAAAUAAUUUACCCUGUACAUUUUUAUGGAAAAACUGUUGAAAAACAGUGGAUUGAUACCGAGGCCAUUAUUCAUCUACAUGAUGAUAAAAGUGAUUUUAUGUUUUUAUUAACAACUCUUGAACUUAUGCGCUUAUUAAUUGAUCAAGAACAUUUAAGUUGGAAUGAUGCAUGGUCAAUAACAACAAAAGUUGUAAAUAUAGAACAAUAUAAUACUAAAUUUACAAUGCCAUCGUCUUAUAUAAAGUUAUUGACAUUAGUUUUACCAAGAAAUAUUGAAAUUAUGAAUGAAAUUGAUGUUUCAUAUUAUUGGGAAAAAAAUAUUUUACCAUUGAAACAACAAUUAUUUCAUAUUGGUAUUUCACACUAUCGUUGGCUAUUGAAAAUUAAUCCACAUUUAUCUAAUGUUAUAGCUAAGGUAAAGUAUCCCAAGUGUGUUAAAGUUCUCAAGACUUUUCCACAUAGGUGACUCGAUUCCAACGAGGAAACAGCAGACUGAAAUCAGCCCAAAAUAAGUCAAAAAUCACCCAAAAUCAAUUGAUUUUUACUGAUUUUCAGUGAUUCUCAGUGAUCCUCUGUAAUUCUCCGUGAUUUUCAAUGACUUCCAGUCAUUUCCGGUGACUUUCAGUUUGGUGAAAAUCGAUGAAAAUCAGCAAAAUUGACGAAAAUCUAAAAAAUCCCAAAAUCAGCUGUUUUCCCCUUGCUCGAUUCGCUCUACAAUGUGCCUCUAUCAGAGUUCGUCAUCGGUUUCUGCAGACUCCGAAUUUGAACAGUGUUUCUGAAAGGAGUAAGCGGAUGAACGGAUACCAGACUUGGGAUCAUCAUAAAAAAAUACCUAUACUCAGGUAUAUUUCAGCGAAAAGUCUGAGUGACACUUGGUGAGCUUCCCCUCGUAACUCGUACUAAACCAUAUUUAGAUAGACGGACCGGCUAGAGGUGUUAAUUUAAUCUAUUUUUAGAAAGUAAAUAGAGAUUCGUGAUUUAUAUUUAAAAAAUAAACAUAAAUAAAUGAAAAAAAUAAUUAUUUUUAUAGAUUGAACAUAAGUGAGUGUUAUCUUGAUGUUUAGAACUAUAGGUAAAACAGAAACAUAACGAUUUUAUUUACGCUGUUUUCAAGUGAAUUAACAAGCAGGGAAUCUUGGUAUGUCAUCGUUGUUGCCCUCAUCACAAAUCAUUAGCUGAUUAUUCCUCUUUAAUUGUCCGAUUAAGUGAUUUUAAGUCAUGAUGAAUUACUCAGAUCGACUAAAACGAACCUAGCUCGAAACGAAAAGAUUGAAUAGAAACAGCGCAGCGAGUUCCCAAUAAAAAACAUGGUCUCAGAAGGAGAAUAACCAUUUGUUUUAUCUUUAUUUCUUUGGUAUUUGGAAUUAUGCCUACAGUUCAGAUGUUUUCAAUCAGAAAUAUCUUCUAAAUAAAGUACUUCGUCUGAACAACAAUAAUUUCUGUGGUCUUAGAACAUUCCAUACAUACGGUAUACAUUCCACAAAAUAAAAUCUUUAUUUCUUUAUUUUAUAAAAAUAAAUUUUUUAGUGUAGGAAGUCUAAAAUUCUCACUAAUGUGGAAACAGUUAUAUCUUCUGCUUUAUUUGUUUAGAAAAUUGGUUUAAAAUGGUU